GGGCGGGGUAGGAGAGAUAAACAAUUAAUUUGGAGUCGCGCGGUUGUACGAUUAUCUAGGGGAAAGGCGACGGUUUGGAGAGAGAGAGAUGAGCCAUGAGCGCAGCGAGCGAGCGAGGCAAAGCAAGGUGUAUAUUUCAUCAAUGUCCGGCGUCGGCGAGCGUUUUCUUUAUAAAUUUUCGAUUUUCGAUUUUCGAUUUUCUUUCUACCACAACCACAGAUGGGCGCGGCAUGCUGAUGGGUGGGUAUGCAAGGCUGGGAAGAUAAACGAUGUUUAUGUAGACGUAUAUAGGUCAAUCCAGAUGUGAACCGAGAGAAGAGCGGCGUCGCUCAUGCUGUUGCUGUUGCUUCAAUUGUGAUGGUGAUGGUGAUGGUGAUGGUGAUGGUGAUGGUGAUGGUGAUGGUGAUGGUGAUGGUGAUGGUGAUGGUGAUGGUGAUGGUGAUGUGACGCGCCGUGAUGUGCUUGUUAACCUGAGCCAAAAUAUGAAGCCUCCUCCCAUACAGCACAAUCGACAACCGACAUGACGACCAAGAGGACAACAUGAGGCUCCUCUGCUGUGCGACCAGUCGCUUCUUUAUACUGUAUACCGUAACCAAACGUAAGCCACGCCGGAGGUGAUGCUGUAUACCGUAACCCUCCCAUCACCCAUACCAUCCAUUUCUCGCUUGGAUGCCUGCCAUUACAGGCCGCAGCGGCUAUCGGCACGUUUCUUGGUGUGAGUAGAUCCAGCGAGUUGGACGCCGAAAUCGCAUGGCGCUAUUCCGUGGAGCAGUAGCUAGCUCUCCCAUGAUGGCGUUGGCGUUGGUUUUUCUCCGCUUUCUUAGCCUUUUUUAAACUCUUGGAGGGAGGGGAGGGAUGACUCGAUCCAGACGGCUUGGCUACUUUCUUUGAGAUAUUUUUGCGGAGUUUGUUGUAUAUAUAUAUCCUUCUUUGACGCUGUUGCUGCUGGUCGAUUACGCUGAGGGAAUAUAUACUGAGGACUGGGGACUGAGGACUAUAUAUACGACACCUCUUAUCCGAAUCACCAAGCCGCGCCCUUCUCCUCUCCCUCAUCGAACGAUACCGGGGAAAUGAUACUGGCAGCACCCACCUGCACCACCACCAGCCUUCCCUUCCGACAAUGACCACCGCCGCCGCCCCCUCCACCUCCCAACCCCACCACGACGCCAAAGCCGCAGACGACGACCAACUGACCACCUACCUCGCCUCCACAACUGACACCGGGAAAACCCUCGUCGGACUCGCGCCCCUCGCCGCGCUUCCAGAGCCAGAUGUUGCGCCUGAUGGGGGGUAUGGCUGGGUCGUCGUAGCUUGCGUUUUUAUGAUCAAUGCGCAUACUUGGGGUAUCAAUUCAUCCUACGGCGUCUUCCUCUCCUACUACCUCCAACACGGCUUCUUCCCCGGCGCCUCCCCCCUCGAAUACGCCUUCGUCGGCGGCCUCUCCAUCGCCAUGUCCCAAGCCGUCUCCCCCCUCGCCACCUACCUAAUCCGGCGCUUCGGGAUCUACAUCCCCCUCCUCUCCGGCAUCGUUCUCCAAACAUCCGCCCUCCUCGGCGCCUCCUUCGCAACCUCCAUCUGGCACCUUUUCCUCUCCCAAGGCGUGUGUUUUGGGCUCGGGAUGGGGUUGAUUUUUAAUGCGACGGUGGGGUUGAUUCCGCAGUGGUUUGAUAGGAGGAGGAGCUUUGCGAAUUCGAUUGGUACGGCGGGGAGUGGGAUGGGGGGGCUGAUUUACUCGUUGGCUACGCAGGCGAUGAUUGAGUCUCUUGGGUUGGGGUGGGCGUUUAGGAUACUGGCGAUUUGCUCAUGCGCCGUGGUUUGCACUGCCACCCUCCUCAUUCGCGAUCGCAAUGUGGCGGUGGGAGCGAUAUACAACGCUUUUGACCUCCGUCUCCUCCGGCGUCCGCAGUUCUUGUUGACCCUCGCCUGGGCCUCCAUCAGCAUGGUCGGCUACGUCAACCUCCUCUUCUCCCUCCCCAACUACGCCGUCAGCAUCGGCCUCACCGCCACCCAAGCUUCCAUCGUCGGCGCGAUUCUCAACCUGGGGCAAGGCAUCGGACGACCGCUUAUCGGGUAUUUUAGUGAUUCCUUGGGACGGAUCAAUAUGUGUCUCUUCUGCACCCUCGGCUGCGGCGUUCUCUGCUUCGCACUAUGGAUCCCAGCCGAGAGCUACGCCCUCCUCCUCGUCUUCGCGCUCCUCGGCGGCGGCGUAGCAGGAACGCUAUGGACUACCGUCGCGCCUGUUACCGCAGAAGUAGUAGGCCUAUCUAUCCUCCCAUCAGCGCUGAGUCUCGUAUGGGUAUCCCUCGUGCUACCGAGUACGUUUGCGGAAGUCAUUGCGCUGGAGUUGAGGAGGGAUCACAAGCCGGUUUAUAGGGAUGCGCAGGUGUUUACGGGCAUGAUGUAUGUUGGGGCGGCGAUGAGCUUGUGGUUUGUGAGGGCGUGGAAGGUGAGGGAUAUAGAGAAGGAGAGGGUGGAGAAGGAGGGGGCGGCUCGGGAGGGGCUGCAGAGGACGAGGAGUGUGGCGAGGAGUGUGAGGAGUGUGGCGGAGGCGUCGAGGGGGUUGUGGGUUUGGACGAAGGUGUAG